AUGGAAUCUACGUUCUGUGACAGGUCGUUUGGCCCUCGAGUCGACACUGCUUGUCGACAAUUCGACUUUACACUGUACUUUGAAGACUUGUUUCUUGCCGCUGGUCCAAGUACAUUGUUUUUGCUUCUUUCAGCAGUUGCUCUCUACGUGAACUUUACGUCAAAGACUGUUGUAAAGUUCUCGUGGCUUCUGGUCUGGAAAGCUGCCGUUUUCUUCAGCUUGCCACUAUUUCAACUGGCCUUACUGGUCAUUCGAACAAACGACCCCCGAAUCCAGACUGACGCUUCUCUGGUUGCAGAUACGUUGUGCUUUGUGGCUGCUUUAACGGCGGCAGCCUUGACUUGGCUGCAACAUCAUCGUUCAGAGAAGCCGUCGACGGUUCUGAGUCUAUACCUGACUGCAUCAACAUUAACACAAGUGGCUAGGGCCCGGACGUUUUGGCUCACUGGGGGAAAUACGCCUGCAGCAGGUGCAGCUACAGUCGCGGCUCUGCUGACUGCCGCCUGCUUGGCAGUAGAGUCUAGAGAAAAGGUCAAAAUUCUUCUUCAACCCGAACACUUUGUGCAAUGGGGCCCGGAACCAUUUGUAGGUUUCUGGACAAUCGCUUCGUACACUUGGGUCUUUGGUCUCUUCCGUCGCGGUUACUCCAAGUCCCUGAACAUGGACGACCUCCCACCGCUGGCCCCGGAUUUGCGCAGUACAGCGUCUGUUGCCCGCCUGGAUUCUGUCUUUGCCCGUUACGACAAGGCGAAAAAGUACAGUCUCCUCAAGGCUUGUUUUAGAGCCUGUAUCAAGUCGUUGCUUGCUCCAGUCAUUCCCAGACUCUUGCUCAGUGCGUUCACGUUUGCCCAGCCAUUCAUGAUUUCGGACAUUAUCGAAUUCUUCGAUAACCGCAGUAUCUCCGAUGAUGUUGGCAGAGGUCUCAUUGGCGGAUGGACAUUGGUAUUUCUUGGCAUGGCAUUUAGUAGAUCUCUACAGAGCUACUACCAUUUCCAUUUCCUCACCGAAUUACGGGGAUCACUUAUUAGUUUGAUAUACAGCUACACUCUACGGGCUAAGGCUGUGCACGGAUCUGAAAUUGAUGGUGUUACUUUGAUGGGCGCGGAUGUUGAAGCUAUUGUGACCGGUUUCUUCAGUCUGCAUGACACCUGGGCUUCCCUCAUGGAUAUGACGAUUGCCAUCUACCUGCUUCAGAGACAAAUGUCUUAUGCAUGCAUUGUGCCAGCGAUUGUUGUUGGUGUUGGUUUUCUCAUCACCACAAAGCUGUCCGCCAUGGGUAACACGCUGCAGAGGGCCUGGAUUGAGAAGCUGCAGGAGAGAAUUGAGUUGACGAGCUCUAUCCUUGGCGGAAUCAGGGCAUUUAAGAUGCUUGGGCUUACUGAUCACAUCUCGAGGCUGGUGAAGCGCGUGCGGGAUAUCGAAAUCGCUGGAUCACGGCCACUGAGAAUACUGCUGUGCAUAGAAAUCUUCUUGUCAAAUGUACCCUCUCAAGUUGCGCCUCUAGGCACAUUUGCCCUAUUUUUGGUUCUGAGCAACGCCCAGGGCGGAAACGGCCUCCUCAUCAGCACUGCUUUCACGUCCCUGUCGUUGAUUUCCUUGGUUACAACACCCGCUGUGGGCCUGAUUCAAUCGAUCCAGCCCAUAAUUCAAUGUUUGGGUAGCUUUGAUCGCAUUCAAGAGUUCUGCUUGACGAUCGAGCAGGCUGAAGCAGCAUAUGCGCAGCAAGAUGGUGAGCAUGUCGCAAACAGUAAUCAUAUACCAGAUGAGGGCGUGAUUGAGCUACAAAGCCUGACGAGUCCACUACGAGAUACGAUUGUGGACUUUCGCAACAAGUCGUUUACUUGGAAAGCUGGCGACGACGCAGUUCUGCACAACGUGACGACUGCCAUCUCCAAGGAUAAGUUCACUGUCGUUCUUGGCACUACGGGAAGUGGAAAAUCUACGUUCCUAGAGAGUAUUCUUAGAGAGACUGUACCCCUUGAUGGCUACGUUACGCGAAACUUUGGCCUUGUUGCGUACUGUAGCCAGGUACCGUGGCUGAUCAACGGCACUAUCCGUGAUAACAUUACUGGAACACCGGGGAUAUGCGAAGAUGAAACUUGGUACAACGAAGUCAUCGCUGCCUGUGGCUUAGAGGAUGACCUCGAAAACAUGUCCAAGGGCGACAAAACGCUAAUUGGAGAUGAUGGUGGUGCAUUAAGCGGCGGACAGCGACAGCGAGUGUCACUUGCCCGAGCAGUCUACUCAAGAUAUAAGGUUGUACUGCUCGAUGACAUCUUUAGUGGCAUAGACUCUAAGAACGUGGUUCACAUCACUAACCAAUUGCUGGGCUCUACUGGCCUCCUACGGCGCGACGGUAUUACAACCGUCCUAGUUACCCAUGCCGCUGCUCCUAUUGCCUGUGCCGAUGACGCAAUUGUAUUUGAAAACGGCGAGAUUGUUGAACAGGGAAACUUUGCCACGCUUCGCGCCGGAAAUGGCUACGUCUCGCAAAUCUCCUUCGGGCAGAGCUCGGACAAUGAAUCUUUUGAAGUAACAGAUCAGGGAACAGUGCCAACUGAGCCCAAGUUCGCAAACCAAGCAGAUACGCUCGAUGAAGAGGUUGAAACACCACAGCCCUCAAGCCAACCUACCAGGGACUUCUCUGUAUACAGAUUCUACUCUAAAGCAUGUGAGCAUCGCUCCAUGGCUCUGUUCAUGGGUAUAUGUUGCCUAUGGAUAUUCUGCGCCACAUUUGACGUUGUUGUUAUCAACUGGUGGUCUGUGGCGAAUUCAGAAAGCAACGGCCACGCCGAUAAUGGAAAGUAUCUUGGGGCUUACGCCUUAUUGGUUUUGGGUGUCUGUGUUAUGAAUCUUUCGGGAUGUUGGCUACUCCUCGUCACAAUGGUAACUAGAGCUGCCACGAGGCUGCACCAUAUGCUCCUAGAGUCUGUUCUUGGUGGAUCACUUCGAUUCUUCAAUGUCACUGAUAUUGGAGACAUUACGAAUAGAUUUACUCAAGAUCUAGACUUGGCCGGCAUGAACGUGCCCAUACUCUUCCUCAACUGCGCUACCGCUUUCUUAGGCUGUAUAGCUCAGGCUAUUCUCCUCGCUGUCUACGGUAAAUACUUGACAGCAGCCUUUCCGUUCAUGCUUGGCGCCGUGUUCGUGAUCCAGCGAUUUUAUCUGCGAACCUCAAAGCAAGUCCGUAUGAUGGACAUUGAGGCCAAGGCACCCGUGUAUCUGCAGUUCCUCGAGACCAAAAAGGGUGCUGGCUCCAUCCGCGCACUCGGUUGGCAAAGUAGGUUUGCAGACAGACUUGAAAGCUGUCUCGAUGCAUCGCAACGUGCUGUCUACAUGAGGUGGGCUGUUGUACAAUGGCUAUCUAUUGUUAUCGAUUUGCUCGUUGUGUUCCUGGCUAUCAUCUUGGUCAUUACACUUGUCCUCCUCCGGGAUUCAUUUCAGCCUGGAGCUGUGGGUGUUGCCCUGUUGACCGUGAUGCAGUUCAAUGAACGGCUGAGCCACUUGAUUCUGUGUUGGACUUCAUUGGAAAUCAAUAUUGGAGCGGUUAGUAGAAUUCAAGGGUUUAUCCGAGACACGGUACACGAAGAAAAGGAACUCAAAGUUGAGGGCACUACAGCGCCGCCUGAGAACUGGCCGAGUCAAGGAGCGGUUGAGUUCACAAAUGUGGUUGCUAGAUACAGCCCUGAGAGCCAGCCAGCGCUAAAGAAUCUUUCACUACGAAUCGAGCCUGGCAAGAAGACGGCGAUUUGUGGUCCUUCUGGCAGUGGCAAGACAUCUUUCCUCUUGAGCAUUGCUCAUAUGAUUGAUGUCCAAGGGUCGCUCAUGAUUGACGACGUGGACAUUGCCAACAUGCCUAUUUCAGAUCUCCGAUCACGAAUCAAUGUGGUGCCCCAAGAGCCAUUUCUGAUGCCGGGAUCCGUUCGGUUCAACAUUGAUCCCUUUGACAAGGCCUCUGAUGCAGACAUUGAAAAAGCGCUGCGAAGGCUUAACAUCUGGGACCAAGUUCAAAGUAAUGGUGGUCUGGAAAGCAAGACGAGCUUCAGUAGCUGGUCUGUGGGUGAACGACAGCUGCUUUGCCUAGCUAGAGCGAUGGUGCGAAAGAGUAAACUGAUUAUUCUGGAUGAGGCAACUAGCAGUGUCGAUACUCAUAUUGAGGCUGUCAUUCAAGACGUGCUUGAGACAGAGUUUGCUGGCCACACUGUCUUGUCUGUUGUCCACCGUCUAGGAUAUAUUCGGCAGUAUGAUCGUGUCUUAGUGUUAAAACACGGAGAGAUUGCAGAGUGUGGCACGCCACAGGAGCUCCUUGCACGCCCUUCUACCCUCUCCGAAAUGGUUCAAUCUAGGCUCUAUGAUACUGCAGAGUAG